AUGGCAUCCACAACGGAAGAGGUCACUUACGAGACGAUGUUCUGUCCGCGGCGUACUCCUGACGACGUGCCCGACGGGAUCAAGGAGCGUGCUAAAUUAAUCUUACCUCCCGGGAAAGAGGUCCCUGCGAAGUAUCGACUCGACCGUGUCCGUUUGAGACGAGAUCCUGACUACGUCAAGCCUGAAAAACUUUACUGGGCCUUUGGUAUAAACAUUCAAGACUGCGUCGAAUAUCACCGAAAACAUAACCUUCCUCGACCACCUCCGGGUUUCGAAAAAGGACGUUUCAUAUGGUCAAUGAUCACGCAUGAUGUUGAGCAAGAUCUGCGGAAACAUUGCAACUACGGGUUGAGAUUCUUGCCACCAGUUUCCGUGGAAUAUGCCUUGAUGAUAAUCAUAUACGACAGCCACUCGAUUGCUUACAGUAAAUUGAUAGCGCAUGAAGAGGAUGAAGUCGUCCAGAUUAUAAAGGAGAGGAUGGAUGUUUGCAAGAAUCAAGAACCGCGAUGGUUUUUUUGCCCGGUCAACUUUUAA